GACCGGUCGUACGGAUAGAGCACGCUCAGUCGACACCGGCUCUCCAUUCGAGCACGUUGGACGGUUUGUCGCGCUCACGCUUCGUUCAGAGAGAAAGAGAAAGAGAGAUCUCGUUGCCGUCGGCGCGUCUGUGUUUCCAAAGACCGUUCCCACGACGACAGGACUCUCUCCGACCAGUGGAUGAAGGACAAUCACCAGGUCUAUAAUCGAGAACGGCGCAAAUCUGCUUGUGAGUGUGUGAACAGUUCGCUGCAAUUAACGUCCGAGAAGGUGUCAAAGUUGGAUUCUCGAGGAGGCACGGCGUGCUAUUGGAGCACCGAUCAGUUCCGCAUCGACGAUCCGGUGACUAUGAUGAGCUCGCACCAACAUCAUCCGGGAUACGGGUUCCUGUCGGGCAUGGAUCUGCACUCGAUGCACGUGAGCCAGGACAUGAGCAUGGUGAGCCAGCAGACCGCCACGUUGCAAGAGCAGCACAUCAAGCGGCCGAUGAACGCGUUCAUGGUGUGGUCGCGGAUACAGCGGAAGAAGAUCGCGCUGGACAACCCGAAGAUGCACAAUUCCGAGAUCUCGAAGCGGCUCGGUGCAGAAUGGAAGUUGUUGUCGGACUCGGAGAAGCGACCGUUCAUAGACGAGGCGAAGCGGUUGCGGGCGAUGCACAUGAAAGAGCACCCAGACUACAAGUACAGGCCUCGGAGGAAGCCGAAGGUGCCGUUGUCCGGCAAGGGCUCGAUGAGCCCGGGCCGUUUCCCGAGCUUCCCGUUGCCGCCGUACUUCGCCGCGCCGGCUACACCAGUGCCGCAUCAUCAUCAUCAUCCGCACCCCCUCGAUUACCCGUCACUGUCGCCGUACUUCAGCUCCCCCUUCGACGCGGUCCACCUCAGCAAGCUGGUCUCUGCCAACGGAGGUUCCGCAUCCUCGCCGUCGAGCGCGGCUGCGGCCGCGGCCGCGGCUGCCGCGGAUGCGGCCAACAACAACGCGGCCGCGGUUGUCAGCAGCUUCUACUCCGGCUUCUACUCGACGCCCACGACAUCAGGUAAGCCGUACCACAACACGGCCUCGCAUCUUGGCCCACUGUUUCCCACCGGACACCACACGGUCGGCGGGAACACGCCUCAUCCGCCCCUCAUGUUCCCAACCUCCUCGACGGCCACUGGCAACGGCAGCGUCGUCACCACCACGAGCAGCCCCUGCAGCAGUCCAGGAACCACUCCGAUACCGUCGUCCCAUCAGCAGGUGGCCACGCCGACGACCUCUACCACGCUGGAACUGGAACAGCUACGUAGACCUGUCUCCGUGAUAUUCUAGACACGUUCGAUCUACCAGCCGACUACUCGAUCGAUCCAACGGUUUCAAAACAGUGAAGACUGUCGUCAUCCCCCCCGCGCAGAUACCGUUUCAGUGCUCGUGGAAACGAAUCUGGAGAAUCGUAAACGAAACCUCUGUAAGCAAGAAUUCUUUCCAUAAGCAAAACUGUCGAGUCAUUCGGAACAUAGUUUGUAAACAGUUAUAGUCUAAACAGUUGUUGACGCUAGAAGCAACAGUUUCAAUGUAGCGGUUCUUCUUCCAUGAUUCUGUUACAGAGAAUUUGGCAUCUUGAAAUUAAAUACUUUAUCUUGGUGAAUUCUCGAUCAUUUUUGACUAUUGUAAUUGCUAGACUGCGGGUUUCAUGCCUUUAUAGCGUAAAUGGAUCAUCGAAACGCCGAACAACGUAGACAAAACAAGAAUCGAAAAAUGUUGCAGCAUUGCUUUCACUGUAUUGACAUGGAAGAAAUAAAGUUACUCACCAAAUUGAGCGUACACCUAAGUAGGCAA